AUGCAGGUCAAAGUGGCGAUCAAGACGUUGGCAUUUAUGGGCCUUUUCAUCUUCGCAGCGGCCGAUAAUUCCUUAUUGCAACAUCCUUCAUUCAAGGCUGUUUCACUUGAACUGUCAACUGAAGUUACCAGCGAAUGGACUCCGACAGCCAAUUGGGAAACAUCUUGGGCGUCAACCGACAUCGAUCCAUCAACUAUUAGCACUGACAGCACUCGGCCCGUCAGCACUGUAACGAUCGGGCCGGACAUUUGCGCCAACGAGUCGAGCGACGAUUACAUUUUCCCCAAUCCGGAAGAUUGCACUACGUUUUACCUGUGCUCAAAUGGAACCCCUUAUUUCUACAACUGCCCUAGCGGACUGGUUUACAACGACGCCAUCAAUCAGUGCGACUAUCCCUACAACGUGUCACCACCCUGCAAUAUUUAAAUAACAGAAAUACAAAUGUCAA